AUGCAGCAUCCUGCAGAUGGGGAGACAUGGAAAGAGUUCAAUCGAAUGUUCCCCGAGUUUGCUGAUGACGGAUUUAAUCCAUACAGGGUUCUAAACCAACACCACAACACUUGGCCGAUUUUCGUAUUCCCAUAUAAUUUGCCGCCUUGGAAAUGCAUAAAAAAAGAAUACAUGAUGAUGACUGUUUUGAUAACUGAGGAUCCUGGCAGGUCAAUCGAUGUUUACUUAAGGCCGUUGGUUGAUGAACUCAAGGAUUUAUGGAUAAACGGUGUGCGCAUCUAUUUUGAAUCCACUCGGAAGAUGUUCACUUUGUGGGUAGCAGUUAUGUGGACUGUGAAUGAUUUUCCCGCAUAUGCAAUGGUUUUUGAGUGGAGCACAAAGGGUUAUAUGGCAUGCCUUGUAUGCAAGGAAGAUGUAACUUCUAGUUGGCACGUUGAAAAAUUUUGUUACCUUGUUCAUCGAACAUGGUUGCCAUGGGACCACGAGUGGCGGGAAAAGGAUAAAGAGUUCGACGGGAACACAGAGCGUCGCCUAGAGAGUGGUCCGGUGAUGAGAUCUUGGAACAACUUAACCGCUUGGAUUUUGUUCCGUUCAGGAAAACAGUUAGUAGGACUAGACCUUCUACACAUUUGA